AUAGAACACGCGAGCAUCUCUCCACGGAAAUGGCAGCCGAUUAUGGGUUCACUGAAGACGACUUGGUAAUUGAUGAGGGUCUCGGUCACCCAAAGGCCUACGCCAAGAUCUGCCGGGACCGUGGCUUUGGUCCGUACAAUCUCGGGCCUCCCUUCACCUACGCUCCAUAUGUUUUGCAGCAAAAUGAGAUUUUAAGAGCAGAGGAACUGGAGCAGUUCUUCCCAGUUAUUGACCCAAAAGCAAAACCAACAACAAAGCCAAAGAUAUUCGUCAGCCUCCUAUGGAAGCAGCUCAAUCAUUUAGGGAAUGCUGGCUUUGAUCCCACGGUUAUUCGAGUAGACCCAUAUGGCAAUGUUCUGUACUAUCAUGCAGACAAAUCUUCACCUCUUGCUUGGGACAUUGAUCACUGGUUUCCUUGCUCAAGGGGAGGAUUGACAGUUCCAAGCAACCUGAGGAUAUUACAGUGGCAGGUGUGCAGGAGAAAGCAUAAUAAGCUAGACUUUCAGGUUCCAUGGUGGGAUCUUCAGUUGGGUAUUUCUGUUAACCAGUUCUUAUCAAUUUUUGCUUCUUCAAACUCUGAUUUCAGGCACAGGGCAUUUUCCUUCUUGUUUGCAGAAGGUGAAAAUGAAGAAAUAAAUCCUUCACAAACAGUGGAGUCACAUUCUUUCCCACAGCAUUUUGUGGAAUCAAAACACCAAGUAGGCCUCGCCCCAGCUGCCAUUGUUGUAGCUCGGAGGGAGCAUUUUGAUUCUUCAUCCGCCUUGAAAUCACUGGAUUACAAUAGGCAGAUAAGACCACACUCUCCUGCAAUUGCUGCAAGGAAAGGGAGACAUAGUUCUUUAAAAGAAAAUGAAAAUCCUGAUUUUGUUACAAACCCAUACCAAGCCAUUGUAAUGGCCAGAGAUUCCCUCAAACAAAGAGAAGAAUCUCAAAAGAUGCAAUCAGAAAUCCAGAUAUUGGAUGAGGAAGUGAAUGAAAUGAGGAGGAAGAAUGAUGAAGAAAAGCUGACCAUUCAAGAUUUGGAAGUGGAGCUGACCAAACGUAGGAGACGGGCAGAAAAAUGCAGGCGGCUAGCUGAGGCACAAUCUUCAUACAGAACUACACUAGAAAAGAUGAUUCGCGAUGCCAUGCACCAGAGUGUCAUUUAUAAGGAGCAGGUACGGCUGAACCAAGCUGCAACCAAUGCACUCAUGGCUAGGCUUGAAGCACAAAAGGAAAUUUGUGAUGCAUCAGAGAAAGAACUCCACAAGAAAUUUAAACAGCGGGACGAGCUUGAGAAGCAGAUAAGGCCUGAAUGGGGACAUGCAAGGAAGAGAUCAAGAAUGGAUGAUACUUUAUUUGAAGGAAGGGAUAGUAGAAAUGUUCUUUAUUUACCAGGAAUCAAGCCCAGAACACCUUUACACAAGGAACUGAGAGUGUUUCUAGAGGAGGAACAGAAAGCAUCUGAUGCUGGUUUGUCAUUGAAUGAAGAUCCAAAGCAUGAAGAAAUUGAAGAGCAACUGCUAAAUCCUGCAAGAGGAAAACUUGAGGAGCAUGAUAGGAUGACUGGUCCUUUACAGCAUGAUAAUUCAAUUGAGCGGAAACUUCAGAGACUGGAAAUAGUAGAAGACAGUGCACCCAAGAUUCAGUUCCCAGUUCUUCAAGAAUCAGAUAAAGAGGAAGAUGAAGAGAGCAGGAGGCAGCGCGGCAAAGGGAAUGUGGAGAGGUGGCUCCAAAUGUUGUUAGAGAAUGUUCAGGAAGAGAUGGAUCCUGAAAAUAUACAUGCAGUUGAAACCAGUGGAACUGAUGAAAUAAUUAAAAAGUUAAAUGAAAAAUAUCCACAGAAGGAGAAACAGGGAGUGACACAAAUUGUUGAGGAAAAGCAGAAUGUUGUUCGAGAGAAGAGAAAAGACAAGAUUGUUGAGAAAGAAGGUGGUAAAACAGUAGGUAGAAAUGUAACUGCUUGUGAGGAAAGAAAGGAGAAGAAUGGAAAGGAAAGAGUGCUUGUGAGGUCUGAGAGUGCCAGAACUUUUAGGCGGAUCCCAUCUUCUCCAUCUCUCAUCUUGGGUAUGAAAAAAGGAGUGGACUGCAUAAGGAAAAAGCCAAUAGUAAGUAGUGACGAUGAAGAUAAUGACGUAGGAAACAGCCUCCUCAAAUCCUCUAUCAAGACAAUCAAGAAGGCAGUGAGAAUGUGAAAAUCCUUUCCCCUAGGUGUAUGAAUUUGUAAUAUCCUCAAUAUUGUUGUUUUCUCCUUUUUCUUUUUUCUUUUUUAUUAUUAUUUGAGAGUGCCGGUUAUAGCUCCUUAAGUUAAAUAAAUUUAGUGUGAGAUUUAACGUUUUCCAUUGUUUUUGAUGUAUGUAUAAGACUUUGUUGUUGCAGAGAUUUAAUAACAGCUUGUUGUUUUA